AUGGCAAAGGCAAACAUAUUGGCGUUCGUGCUUCUCUUUAGCAUUCUCAACCUCAUAACUCUUAUUCCCCAUCUCGCAAACGCAGAAUCAUGCAGUUCCAAUGGCCCAAACUCCCCUCCAUACAAUCCCUCUGGAACACAAGCCACUCUCACUCUCAACAACUUCGGCAAAGGUGGCGACGGAGGAGGACCCUCCGAAUGCGACGGCAAGUACCACCCGCUGCCACAGCGCGUGGUGGCACUGUCCACUGGAUGGUACAAAGGAGGUUCACGGUGCGGGCGAAUGAUAAAAAUUACAGCGAGAAAUGGAAAGACUGCGAUGGCGAAGGUGGUGGACGAGUGUGACUCGGAGCAUGGAUGUGACGCCGAGCAUGACUACCAGCCACCGUGCAAGAACAACAUUGUUGAUGCCUCCAGAACCGUCUGGAAUGACUUGGGACUCAACACCGAUGAUGGUGAAGUACCAGUCACUUGGGCCAUGGCCUAA